AUGAUUUGGUUAUUAAUCAUUUUUUAUUGUCUUAAUUAUGAGGAACCAUCAUGGUUAUCAAGAAUCGCAACUCGUGCUCGACGUUUAUCACUGGUGAGCCAAUGUCUUAUUGCGAUUGCAUUGUUUAUUUGUAUUAUAUCGCUGAUUUCAAUCAUGCUUGCAAUCGCUAAGCAGAUCCGCUCACUCAAAUACCAAAAUCUUCAUAAUGUGAGAGCAUUCGUGGCAACAUCGGUUAUGGAACCACCUGUCACAAAAAAAGUUCCGGUUGAUCAUUCAGCUGCAGCGAUCGAUUAUCCAUUAAUUCAUGACACUCCACCACCAGCAUAUGAUCAGCUAUCUAUUCAUAAGGAUAUACCACCGAAAACUGAUGAAUCUGCAUGA